UAUUUUCCUUCCCCUUCCCCCUCUUCUAACCCCAUACGGACUCAGCCGUCUCCUCUCUCCCUCCCGGCUCUUUCCUUAAACUGAAUAGAGUACAGAGCAGACUAAUUCCCCUCAAUUGAGUCUCGCAGGAUGCAGAACAAUAUCCCCCAUCCUCUCCACCCCCCGGCUCCUCCCCUGGGCCCAGCACCGGCCCCUGUCGCCGGCGCCGGUGCUGGCCACGGCGGCCACCAGGCGUGCGCGGCGUGCAAGCACCAGCGGAAGAAGUGCACCGGGAACUGCGAGAUGGCCUCCUACUUCCCGGCUAACAGGUCGAGGGAGUUUGGCCUGGUGCACAGGGUCUUCGGGGUCAGCAACGUCACCAAGAUGCUGAAGGCCGUCGACAGCAUCCCCGAACGGGAGCGCGCUGCCGAGACCUUGACGUGGGAAGCGGAGUGGAGAAUCGUCGACCCCUCUGAGGGCUGCUACAACGAGGUCAUACAACUCAAGUAUGAGAACGCCAUGCUCCGCGACGUGAUCAGAAGUUGCGGCCGCUGCAGCCAUCUGGCCCUACCGCCGCCUUACCAUUCGCCUGUUCCGCAGCCGGAGCGGCAUCGGGCGAACGGCAACAAUCCCAAUAACGGCGGCGGUAACUUCAUCCAUAACCAUGAGGACAUCAUCAUCAACAACAACAACAACGGCAACAUCGGAGGAGGCGUGGGCGUCGCCGCAAUGGUACAUCAGCAGAUGAUCAACUAUCCUGUCUACAAUGGAGAUUUGAUCAAUGGUUAUCAUCAUCCGCAUCCUCUCAUGUAUAUGCCGGAGAUGGACGAAAGAGACAUUGCUCGCGGCGCACUCUAUCUUCCGAACCACAUUAGAUGAACGUAGAAUGAUGUAGAAAAAUAUAUACCGAUCAUAUAUAAAAGAUCACAAUUGGGAGAGGUUAGCAAAGAGGUCUCUUGCUAGGAGAGGAGUUCCAACACACACAAAAGUUGCAGCAUAUUCUAUUAAUUUUCCACCUGCUAACUAUUAUUGUUGUUGUUUAUUUUAGGUUUGUUACUGCUCUUUUUGUAUAACUAUGAGCAUUAAUUGGAUGUGGAACAUUGUUAUGGAGUUCUAUGAUUAAACUCGACUUAGUGCUGAGGAUUAAUUUGA